UUCACGAUUCACAUUGAAGAAAGCAAUCUAUGCUUCACACUGAAUGUGAGGACGCCAACCACCACCAACCAUGGUGGAACAUGUUCAAACCGGUCUUCGAUGUCCUGGUGUCGUGUUGCACCUGCAGCCCUUUCCUCCUCUUCUCUCUCUACUCUCCACCGGCCGCGGUAGCCACGGUCAUGGGCACCAUCAUUUGCCCCACGAACCACGGUCGUGUCAAGAUCGCCAUGCAAAACCAUGCGGAAACCUUCCCGUUGGUGACCCUUGAACUUCCACUCCACACCCCACACUUCGCCACGCUUGUCCGCAGUGAGACAAACCGGAUUGUCUUCACAUGCCCGCACGGUGGCUUGGGGCGCCCGCUCUUGAGCGCACCAGUUUGGGCCAUGCUAUGCAAUGGGAAGAAGAUGGGGUUCGCGGUGAGCAGGGCGGGGCCGCACGAGGACGCAUCGCUAAUGGAGAUGAUAAGGUCGGUCACCACCGGUGCAGGGUUGUUGCCCGAUAAGGCAGGGUUUGGCGAGCACAGGUACUUGAGAGGCCAGUUCGUUUGGACAGUGGGGUCGAGCGAUUCUGAGGCAUGCCACUUGGUCGAUCCUUCAGGGUGUUUCGGACAAGAGCUGAGUCUGCUCUUCCUGAGAAAUUAGGAAUUACUAUUGGUCAUUUGCUUUGCCAUGUACUGCAUUCGACUAAUGUGGUUCCUGGAAAGAAAACAGCAAUCGUUCUUCUGCCAUAAGGCAAUGUAUUUAGCAUCUGAUCUCGGACAGUCUAUUUGUUUGGUAGAGAGAGCAGUCAAUCGAAUGCCAGGCAAUACAAUCUGAUGGUGUUCAUGCUGCGAAAUUACCAGAAUCACAGAUCUGCAAGCGUAUGUGCUAGGAGCAAUGAGAUGCUUAUCAUCUGUUUGUUCUCUUGAGUUUCGGGAAGACAUUACUGGCUUUAUAAU